AAUCGGGAUCAAAAUGGCGAGUAAUAAUCACUUGGUUAACAGUGUGGGAUAACAUUACAUACGAGCAUGGAUGUCGAUGCUUGUCGUUGCAACCUCGUCUCUCUAAACAUUAAAUGAUCUCGCGCGGAUAAAAGCGCCAAAUUGCCGUCGUAUUUAUGACGUGCGCUAAGCAGUGCUCGUAAUGCGCACUUUUCAUUAUGAUUGUAUACGCUCGGAUCAUGUGAGCACGAUUCACCAUCCGGUGGUGCUGCUGCCGCCACCGCCACCGCCGCCACUUCCACCGUUGCUGGUGCCGCCCGUAUAUCGCGUGUACGUUCAUCGUGCAAAAACUUUCGUUCGUGUAUUUAUAUUGUAUUAUUUAUCGAAACAUCCGCAUUCGAUAACCCGGCGAGCAUUAUAUUGUCUCGCAAGAAUUCUGCCGUAUGGUCGCGCAUUCUCAAGAGAGUAGCGUCCUUGUCAUCACAGUCGUGCAGUCGAGUAUGCGACGGUCGUUUCCCGCCGUCCCGUCAUCGCCGUCGCUGUUACUAUCAUCGAUUGUGCAGUGUUCGCGUCAAUUGUUAUCAUCGAUCAUAGCUGAAUGUCACGAUUCGCCGAGAGACGCUUCAUCAACGAAUAAUCUUGGAUCUUACAGAUAUCCACAAUUAUCCAUCGUCAUUUAUUCGAACGUUCAAUCUUGUGAUACUUCAGAAACACGCGAUCAAUCGUUACAACACAUAUUUUUUCAUUGUGUUUUGUUUCAGAUGUUACAUAAAACAGAAAAUAGGAAGCUUUUGCCAUGCUGCUAAUGAUGUUAGAGUGAAUUUUUUGUCUCUACAUUUACUUGAAAUAUUUUAAUAAAAGUUACUAUAAAAAGUGGAAACAAUCCUAAAGAAAUUGUAAUAAAAAAUGUUAUGAGAGAAAUUAUCUUUGAAUGUAUUCUGACAUUAUCAACCAGAAGAAUUUGCUAAAUAUUUACCAAGCAAGGCACUACAGUGCUAAGCUUGGGUAAUGGAUCCUGUUGGUCCGUGGUAUACGUCAUAUAAUCGCCUUACUGCGGGCAGUUCUACAGGAACAUUUCAAACAACACCAACUACAACUAGUGAUUUUGUAUCUCAUCAUUUAGCAACAGCCGUCACACAAACGAUACCAUCAGCAACAACAUCUCAAUUACUUCUGCAAGCGGCUCAUACAACAGCAACUCUGGCAGGUCAACCAUCUCCUUUUAACCCAGGGGGGUUUUUAUCUCCACCCCCUGUAGGUUAUGAAGUUUUUUCACCUUUGUUUCAUCAUCCUAACACUAAGCAGGCACAUUAUGUUACUCAGCAUAGGCAAGUUCUUGCUCAAGCACAAACAAUAUCAGUGACAAAACAAAACACGACUGAAUCUGAUAUCUUAAGGGAGAAUUAUAGCUCGGCUCAUCAAACUAUGUUUUUUGAACAGCAAGGAACAUCAACAUCACCUACAUCAACAUUGGCCUGGACACCUCAGAACAAUACACAACUUCCUAGCCCGUUUGGUAUCUUACCACAUGAAAGUGGUGUUUCUUCAUCCCCUGGUCCGUCUUCUACAAAAUCUAGUACUAGUUAUGAAAAUACAUUCAAUGCUCAUUUCAGUACAACACAAAGUAUAAAUAACAUUAAUGCAUCUCACAUAACUAGUCCAUCUGCAUGUAAUGCAGAUUUUAAAACAUCUACUUGUUCAUCUGACACAAAAAAAUCAGUUAAUGUGAGACCUCAAUCGCCUAUUAUUAGUGUAAAAUCCACUAUUUCUACAUCACAAGUCAGCAACAGUCAAACGUUCUUUCAUCAUGUUCCAACAUUUAGUCCUGACACUUUGACUGAUAGUUAUCCUGGUACUGGAAAUCAAUCUGCUACCGAAAAUGAAAAAGUGCAAUCGUUACAACAUCAACAAUCGUGUAUUGUAUCGACACCAAGCAAUUCCUCUGGCAAAGAAUACAGAAUAUCGCAACCAUCCUUAAGAUCAACUACAUCAACAACAAUUUUUCUCAGUGCUCCUGUGCGGUCAGGUUCCACACAAGUAAUUCAGGAUAAGCAGGGAACGCGCAACGGCAAUUUUACGUCACCUAAUAAAGCAGCGGCCACAACUCAACAGAUUCAAACCAAAGCGCAGACCAAAAUCUAUUCAGAUUUGGGAGGCACAAUUGAACAUAGGCGAAACGAGCAACAGGGACAUGAUAACCAAUCAUCUCCAAUUAGCUUCUCUAUUAUGGAAAGUCGCAACUUAAAUUAUGCUACAAAUAAUACUACUAAUUGCAACAACACUAAUGGUAAACUCACAAGCAAUCAGAGGACAUCAUCUAACAGCAAUCUACAAUCGCAUUCUCAGCAGCAGCAGCAACAAACAUUUCAUGUUUUGAAUCAACAACAGCAACAACAGAGCGCAUCUUAUAGACAUUAUUUGACGGGAUCGACGAGUGAUACAGAAUAUCAUCACCCAGGCAGAUCCAAAUCCGCGACAUCGACGGAUUCUGCUUACUCGUCCAAUACUUCAACGCAAAAUGGACCUGACUGCAGUGUUGUUGUUCCACGUCGACCGAGUCCUUUACAGACUCAUUCGCAGGCUAGUCCUCUGGGUCAUGUACCAAGUCCAGCGUAUCCUAUGUACAAUAGCCCGAUGGCAACCAUAUCAUCACCAUCACCAUUGCAACAACACGAAAACAAUGGCAAUCAGUGUACUAAUAAUGCAUCGUAUAAAAGUGGAGUCACUCAACAAGUCACCCCAUCAUCACCUUUGGAUGUCACUGUUCCUAGACCAGCAUCACAGGGACAGGUAGCCUAUUCGUCAGUAAUCACACGAGCACUAGGCACUACAGAAAAUAACAAGGCAGCUUACAAUGUGGAGAAUAAAACGUAUGACAGGCAGCAACAAGACUUUUCGCAAACACAAAAACAAAUUUGUUGGGAAAAUGAUAAUCGACAAACGACGAACGGCAAUAGAAAGUUUUCAGUCUAUACUGGUGCAAACACAGCAGCUAGCGAUAUAAAUACACAAAAUUUGCCGGUUCAACAAGUACAAAGACUAAUAAAUGUAUCUGAUAGACAGCAACCAUAUUUUGAGGCUAAUCAAGUAGCGCUUCAAGAUUUGAGCAGCUGUAGGGGAGAUCCAAUGAGUAUUGUAAAGAACUUACAAACGUUGCAACAAAGUCCUUGCUUGCAACAACAUACCACUAUUGCUACCUCAGUUGGUGCAGCGGAACAACAAAAACAAGUUGAAGAACGGCGAAAAGUCGAUAGUGCCAAUAAAAAGAGGAAAAGUUUGGAAAAGAAUGGACAUAGUACUCCAUUAUCUAACGAGCUUGCGAGCGGCGCGACAAUGACAGAAUAUCUUAGCAGGAUUCCUCCGCCUGCACAUCACAAUGCAGCGAAUCAGCAACAGCAAAACGGUUAUUUCGAAUUCGAACGAUGGAAUUUACCGCCACCAAGUGCCAAAAUGUUUCCUACCGCCUCCAGCGCCUUUGGUGCUCAGUCGUCAUUGCAUCAUUCAAGUAAUUUUGUAGGUUCUUCAGCUCAUCAACAUCAAUCGCUAAUGGUAUCGCAUCAUCAUGCACCACCACCUAUCCCAUAUUUUCCGGCUUUUCAUAUUCCUGCAGGUCACCAUUCGCAUCAUUCUCACGAGUUUCAAUCUUCGGUUGAGAUAACGCCAGUAGGAUUCGGUGAAAAUACAAACCAAAAUGUCAAUUACAAUCAAGAGAUCAGAGAUGAUCAGCCUAAAGUAAUCGUUCCUAACAUUGAAGAAGAACUAGGUUUCCUUCAACAAGAUCAGCAAUUGAUGCAAAGUAUGAAUCAAAUGAAUAAAGAUUUUAAACGACCCAACAGGGAUCCUAAUACAGGAUUUAUGACGAGCUAUUUAAAGUUUUUACAAGGUGAAAGGGACCCUUCUCCACCAUCCGCUAUACGAGGUGGUAGGAAAAUAACGUGGAGUAGAUCAAAACCAUAUAUACCUGUUGAGACGAGCAAACCCAUAGAAGCUUCAAUUAAUGGUGAAAGUGUUAAAUUUCAAGAAAAAUCUAUGUCGAUGAAAGAGAUACCGAUUAAAGAGACACCAACAAUAGAUUAUGCUAAUGAUCCUAGGUAUUUUCCGCUGCCAAAAGAAAGGAAAAAAGUAAAUUUUGAUUCGAGCGAUGACGGAUUUACUAGCGACGAUGAUUUUCUAUUUCCUCCUAAGAAAACAGAAAAAACACAAAAUAUAAAUAAUACAAAUAAUAUUGAAACUGUUACUGUAAAACCAGAAGGGAAAGGUAGGAAAGGUCGGCCUAUUAAACCUGGUGGGCCUACAGAUAGAAAGAGAAGAGCUGCAGCAGCAGCAGCAGCAGCAAUUGUUAGUACAGGAGUAGAAAAAAAAUCUUUGAAAAAAAUGGAAGAAGUGGAUCCUUUACUUCUUCCUCCCAGACGAGAGACAUCAAGAAGGAAGGCAAAAGAGAAAACAUCAGUAAAACAAUUUUUGGAUCGGCAACAGGGUAUAGAUUAUUUCGAUAAUGAUGAGGAACAAGCCGAUUCUGAUUCCGAUCCAGCAUGGACACCUGCUGUAAAAUUGGUCGGAGAUGAAGAAGAUAAGAAAAAACGUACAAGACCUGUUAUCACCAAAAAGAUUAGAAAAAUGUUAGAAGAAGAUGGUUAUUCUUCUGGAGAAGCUAUUAUUUCUAAAAAAUCAACGAGAAAGAGACAUGAGAUCUCUUCAAAAAAUUCUAAUAGUUCUAGCAAACUUUUUUGUAGGAUUGACGAAAAAUUAGUAGCGGCAGCAAGUGACGAAGAUAUUGAUAUCUCGCCAUUUAAGCAUUCAAUAAGCAACUUAGAAGAUGCGUCUGGCGAAUUUGUUGUAAUUAAAACAGAUUUAGAUGAAGAAGAAGAUCCUCCUCUUUGGAGGAUAGACGGCAAAACAUUGCUUCAGAAAUAUCAGCCAUUCAAAUCCAAUGGAAAAACUUUAUACAGAAACAUACCUACGUAUUCUGCAUGGGUUUCACAAAAUCGUCAUAUAUAUCAACAAGUGCCGGUGAAAUUCUGGCAGCAAGGCAAGACAGAAACAAUUGUAGAAUUUUUGAGAGAUGAGAUGAUCGUUGAUGAUAGUGAGAAUAUUGAUAAAUUUAUGAAAGAUACUGAAAAAUAUCAAGAUAAUUUUGAAGUAUACAUACAGACAUUAAUUUCACAAGCUUUAGAUUCUAAUUUUCUUACUGAAAUAUUUCAGGAACAAGAUGAUUAUUUUCUAUCAAAUGUUAAGAUUGUUGAUGAAGUAACUGAAGAAAGAAAACGUCGUCUUUUGUUCACAACUAAAUGGAAAGCAAGUGUUGUGACAGCAAUGUCAACAUGGCCAUGUGUCAAUGUGCUUAAAGAUCUGCCGUCAUCAGAAUAUAAAGGGAAAUUAUGUGCUGGUUGUCAACAGACUAAAAUCUAUGCCAGAGUUUUACUUUAUGGACAACCUUAUAAUGGUACUACAUUAGAAGGUUCACCACCUGAUCCAAGAACACCUCACGAAAAAGAUUUUUUAUUGUGCCGUAUUUGUCAAAAGAAGGUUUCUUUAUAUAAUAAAGUUGCUCAUCAGAAGUAUCUGAUGUUUUUGGAAUGUGCGAGAAGAGUAGCAGAUAAAAAAGUAGCAGAUCCACAUAAAGACACUACAAUAAUAUUAAAUGAGUUAUUGGCAGAUGAAGCAUGGUUGAAUCAACUUUUUAAAGAAGUGAGGAGCAUUUGGGCUGAAAUUGAUAGCAUGGAACAGCAAACAAAGACUAACAAAACAAAAAUUAAAUCAAAAACAGCACUAUCGUCAUCAGUGAAGCAAUAUCAUAAAGCAGAGGCAACAAUAGCGAAUGCUCCUAUUGUACUUACAUCUAAAGGAACUGCUGAUAUUAUUUCUGAUUCACAGGUGCCUAUACAGAGUAGCGAAAACAAUUCCCAAACAAUAUCUAGUAAUAUGCAAAUGAGCAGUGAAUUAUCUUAGUGAUAUUAUGACAAUUAUUUACAUUUAAUGCAAAAUAUAUCAUUUAACAGUUCAGUGAUAUUCUUAAUCACGCAAGUGGUAUGACCUUUGUUGCACUAAUAUAAAUAUUAAACGGACAUUUUAUUAAU